GCCCGGGGGCGGCGCUGGGUACCCCGGCACCCCCACCGCGGGGAGCUGCGACCCGCCGCCGGAGCUGGCCCGGCGCUAGCAGAGCCCCGGGGGAGCGCGGCGGGCGGGGACCGGCGGGGCGAUAUGGCGUGGGCAGCCGGCCGCGGCGAGGGCCGGGCGGUGCCGCUGGCUGCCGGCCCUGGUCGGCCUCGCCCGCAGCCCAGCGCUUUCGCUUCUUGCCCGCGGCGGCACCCCGGCCCCGCAGCUGCAGCUGGUGCCGCUCCGCGACGCUCCCGUGCCUGGCCCUGACGGUGUCCCCUCUGCCACCCCCUGCGCGCCCCAGGCCUCCUGUGCCUUGCCCCGAGCCGGCCCAGCCAGGGGGACACGCGUCCUGACCGCGCGCUGCCGGGAUGGCAACCGCCGGCCGCUGCGACCCCCAGCCCGGGGACCUGAUCGAGAUAUUCCGGCCCGCGUACCAGCACUGGGUGCUCUACCUGGGGGACGGGUAUGUCAUCAGCGUGACGCCCAUAGAGGAAGGGCCUUCAGCCACGCUCGCCAGUGCCAGGUCCGUGCUCAGCAGAAAGGCCCGGGUGAGGAUGCAACUUCUCAAGGACGUGGUGGGAAACGACAGCUACCGCAUCAACAACAAGUACGACAGCACCCACACCCCACUCCCGGUGAAGACUAUCAUCAGGCGCGCAGAGCGCUACAUCAACCAGGAUGUGUCCUACGAUGUGCUUAGCAGCAACUGCGAGCACUUCGUGACGCAGCUCCGCUACGGUGAGGGGGUCUCCGACCAGGUCAGACGAGCGGUUGGUACUGUUGGGGUUGUAACAGCUGUUCUCGGUGCCGUCUCCGUGCUGGGCUUGGCCUGGAGCAGAUCCAGAGAGAAACACUACUGACGGACCAGCGGGAGGAGCUUGGAGCAGAGCUGGGAGCCACGGACGGGGAGUUUGUGGCUGCAGCUUCACUGAAACUUAGGAAAAACUGUGCUGCGCUUGCCAAGAGCAGCACUGGCCUGUUUGCCAUAUCUGCUUUUAUUUCAUUGCCUCUGAUUUUUGUGGUAGUUUGGGAGUGCUUGCAAGCAAAUUCUUCAUCCUCACACACCCAGUGCUCUGCUGAGGGCUUCCUGUACAGAUCCUGCUUUUGUUGGCUGCAUCCUGUAAAUUACUUCCUCUAAAUAACCUAUCUUUUCUUCUACUUUUGAUUAAAAAACAUUUUACAUAUAUUUAUAUAUAUGAAAAAGCUUUGCUGAGACUUUAUUGUGUGUGCUCCAGCUGAUGGCCUGUGGCAGUGGAUAAGCCCAGGUUCCCAGGCCUGCGAAAGGGCAGGCAGGGCAUGCACUGUGUCUUGGAGCCUGCGCAGGUGGUACCUAAACGGAGCUGCUUCUGCAAGGGCAGGAGGCACGAAGGAAGAGCAGGUCUUACAGGCUGUAUCCCUCAGUGUCCUAAAUAACUGCUGUGGCUUUGGCAUGAUGGUGUUAGCUCAGUUUUCUCUUGCCUGGAAGGCAUCCCUUUCCCUGACUCCUCUGACUCCCUUUGGGAGCUGCAGACCCCCAGAAAAAGCCCAGCCAGCUUUUUCCCUGGCAGCUGUUUGUUCUGCACUGAGGCCACCGCGCCACUGAAAUUUCCCUCUUUGUGCCUGUAAGUGCAUUCUACUGCUUGGGCUACCAAAGCACUGAGGUUUAAAGAAAGACCACCAUGGAUUGAAAGGGCAGCCAGGAGCCUUUGCUGCCUGGAGCUGGGGCCGUUGGCUUUUCAGUGACCAGAAGUUGAAUUUAAGCAGUUUGUAGCCCCAGCACAAGACUAAUCUUCCUCCAGCCAGCAGGAAGACAAAGCCAGGAUCCCUGCAGUGGGCAACAUUCCUGGAGAAUGAGCUAUGCCAUGCCUGUGUGCCCCAUCUCCAAAUCCACAGAGCCUCGCUAUUUCCUUGUCACAAAGCUGACAUGAGGCUUUUCUUAAAACUGUUUUGAAGAAAUGUGGUUUAUUACUCUUUGCCAGGAGUAUCUACCUUACAUGUUUGGAACCAUGUUAUUUGCAGACCGCAUGUAAGAAACUAAAUCCUGCGUUGAUUUUUGCACAGGCAAAUGCCUGGACUGUAAGAAGAGAUGAGAGCACAAUAGCUGUCAGUAAGAGGCUUGCUAAUUAUGUACAUAAUGGGAUCAGAAGCUUUUUUUAAACAUCAGUUGAUUCAGUGUUUGAAAGAACGAAGCCAAGACUUCUGGUCAUAUUUUGUAGUGCCCUCUUUUUAAAUUUAAAUAAAGUUCUUUUUUUAAUAUGGGAAAACAUAUAAUAAAAUUGAGCCUGACAGUC